AGCGCGGGGGGCGGGGAGGCCGCUUCGCCGCCGAGGGCGUCUUGGAGGGGUCCCCGCGGGGGCCGUCGGCCCGGGCCGAGUCUGGGAGCGAGGGCGCCGCCGAUCUGUUAGCGUGAUAGGACCCCGGGGACGAGGCUUCUCCCUGGCCGGUCGUUCCUAGCCGGCUGGUGGGCUGCAGGGGUCGGGGCGGAGGAGGAGGACCCUGGCCGGAGGCUGGUCAGCAUCCUGCUUGGGAGACCGGUUCCGCGGUCCGCAGCGCUGGUGGCUCCAAGGUUUGUGUACGGACGCCUGUUUGGGUACUGCCUGUCGGCUCUCGUAUUUAAAAACGACGGCUUCUGCCAAAAGGGAAAAGCCGUAUCUGCCGACGGAAGCUCAGGAGAUAAUCCUGGAACUUUAUCAGCGAUGGUGCUGUGGGUCACCUUUGCCCUCCUUCUCUUUUCUUUUUUCUUAAUCUUUUAUUUUCGUUUUUGGGAGAUGUCAGAGGGCCUUUCCUUAUUACAGUGACUUUUAUCUUUGUUCUUGUGAUGGCUCAAGAUAGUUGGGAGGUAAUUUGCAUUCACUUUAUGCAUACCCACCUUGAAAAACAUAUUUUGGUUCGCCUGAAACUGUUGUUGGUUUGAGCAUAAUUUAUGCCUAGAAUCCAAAAAGCAGUGAUCAUAUCUCCAAAGACCAAAAACAUAGCUGAUAGCUGUAUGCAUUACUAGUACCUUUUGAGCAGCUUCUUCUGCAAGAGGACAUCCGGAGACACAGGAAUAGAAAUGAUCCGAUCAGAGUAAUUAAAGGCUUUUACUGAGCUCUGAGGUCCCAAACAGGGCACAUUCAGUCAGCCUAAAGCUGUGAAGAAGAACCUUCAACAUAAGGAACCUAGAAAGAUUGUACAAUGAAUGGUGAUUCUCGUGCUGCGGUGGUGACCUCACCACCCCCGACCACAGCCCCUCACAAGGAGAGGUACUUCGACCGGGUGGAUGAGAACAACCCAGAGUACUUGAGGGAGAGGAACAUGGCACCAGACCUUCGCCAAGACUUCAACAUGAUGGAGCAAAAGAAGAGGGUGUCCAUGAUUCUGCAAAGCCCUGCUUUCUGUGAAGAAUUGGAAUCAAUGAUACAGGAGCAAUUUAAGAAGGGGAAGAACCCCACAGGCCUAUUGGCAUUACAGCAGAUUGCAGAUUUUAUGACCACGAAUGUACCAAAUGUCUACCCAGCAGCUCCGCAAGGAGGGAUGGCUGCCUUAAACAUGAGUCUUGGUAUGGUGACUCCUGUGAACGAUCUUAGAGGAUCUGAUUCAAUUGCAUAUGACAAAGGAGAGAAGUUGUUGCGGUGUAAAUUGGCAGCGUUUUAUAGACUAGCAGAUCUCUUUGGGUGGUCUCAGCUUAUCUACAAUCAUAUCACAACCAGAGUGAACUCUGAGCAGGAACACUUCCUCAUUGUACCUUUUGGGCUUCUUUACAGUGAAGUGACUGCAUCCAGUUUGGUUAAGAUCAAUCUGCAAGGAGAUGUAGUAGAUCGUGGAAGCACUAAUCUGGGAGUAAAUCAAGCUGGCUUCACCUUACACUCUGCAAUUUAUGCUGCACGCCCGGACGUGAAGUGUGUUGUGCACAUUCACACCCCAGCAGGGGCCGCGGUCUCUGCGAUGAAAUGUGGCCUCUUGCCAAUCUCCCCGGAGGCACUUUCCCUUGGAGAAGUGGCUUAUCAUGACUACCAUGGCAUUCUGGUUGAUGAAGAGGAAAAAGUUUUGAUUCAGAAAAAUCUGGGGCCUAAAAGCAAGGUUCUUAUUCUCCGGAACCAUGGGCUCGUGUCAGUUGGAGAGAGCGUUGAGGAGGCCUUCUAUUACAUCCAUAACCUUGUGGUUGCCUGUGAGAUCCAGGUUCGAACUCUGGCCAGUGCAGGAGGACCAGACAACUUAGUCCUGCUGAAUCCUGAGAAGUACAAAGCCAAGUCCCGUUCCCCAGGGUCUCCUGUAGGAGAAGGCACUGGAUCGCUUCCCAAGUGGCAGAUUGGUGAGCAGGAAUUUGAAGCCCUCAUGCGGAUGCUUGAUAAUCUGGGCUACAGAACUGGCUACCCUUAUCGAUACCCUGCUCUGAGAGAGAAGUCUAAAAAAUACAGCGAUGUGGAAGUUCCUGCUAGUGUCACAGGUUACUCCUUUGGUAGUGACGGUGAUUCGGGCACUUGCUCCCCUCUCAGACACAGUUUUCAGAAGCAGCAGCGGGAGAAGACAAGAUGGCUGAACUCUGGCCGGGGCGAUGAAGCUUCCGAGGAGGGGCAGAAUGGAAGCAGUCCCAAGUCGAAGACUAAGUGGACUAAAGAGGAUGGACAUAGAACUUCCACCUCUGCUGUCCCUAACCUGUUUGUUCCAUUGAACACUAACCCAAAAGAGGUCCAGGAGAUGAGGAACAAGAUCCGAGAGCAGAAUUUACAGGACAUUAAGACGGCUGGCCCUCAGUCCCAGGUUUUGUGUGGUGUAGUGAUGGACAGGAGCCUCGUCCAGGAUGCACCUCUCUCUGACUGUACGGAAACUAUCGAAGGGCUCGAGCUUACAGAGCAGACCUUUAGUCCCGCUAAAUCUCUCUCUUUUAGAAAGGGAGAGCUGGUGACGGCCUCCAAGGCAAUCAUUGAGAAGGAGUACCAGCCCCACGUCAUCGUGAGCACCACGGGCCCCAACCCCUUCACCACGCUCACAGACCGCGAGCUGGAGGAGUACCGCAGGGAGGUGGAGCGGAAGCAGAAGGGCUCUGAAGAGAAUCUGGACGAGGCUAGAGAACAGAAAGAAAAGAGUCCUCCAGACCAGCCUGCGGUCCCCCACCCACCUCCCAGCACUCCCAUCAAGCUGGAGGAAGGAGACGGAUGCGCUAGAGAGUACCUGUUACCCUAACCUUGUGCCGGAGCCAGCUACUGGAGAUGACAGUGAUGCCGCCACCUUUAAGCCAACUCUCCCCGAUCUGUCCCCUGACGAGCCUUCAGAAGCACUCGGCUUCCCUAUGUUAGAGAAGGAGGAGGAAGCCCAGAGACCCCCAAGCCCCACUGAGGCCCCUACUGAGGCCAGCCCCGAGCCAGCCCCAGACCCAGCCCCCGUGGCUGAAGAGGCUGCCCCCUCAGCUGCCGAGGAGGGGGCCGCCGCGGACCCUGGCAGCGAUGGGUCUCCAGGCAAGUCCCCGUCCAAAAAGAAGAAGAAGUUCCGUACCCCGUCCUUUCUGAAGAAGAGCAAGAAGAAGAGUGACUCCUGAAGGCCCCGCGCUAACACUGUCCUGUCCGGAGCGACCCUGGCUCCGCCAGAGUCCCCGACUGCGUCCGUGCCCUGUCCUUGUGUAAUGGAAUGCAAAAAGCCAAGCCCUCCACUAGCUAGGGGUCCCCGCACGUGAGCAGCCCUGUGUAGCCCUGGGCUGACCCCGUGUGUGCGCAGCAGCCCCACCCCCCGCCUCUUGUCCUCUCAGCCUCAGCUUCUGGGGGAGACGUGCUCUCCCCACAGCGGAGAGGCACUAAGUCAUGGUCCUAGCUGGAAGGUACUGGAGGCUUCUGCAGCUUUGGCCGCAGGUGUCACCCUCCUGAGCCUUGACCUUUCCUGCCAUCCUUCCUGUUGUGAAAUCAGCACAUUCUGUUUCUGCUCGGCUUCCCUCCACCCUAAGGUCUCAGGUGACGGACUCAGACUCCUGGUUCCGUGUGGCAUUCUCUCUGCUCAGUGAUCUCACUUAAGUCUAUAUACAAAGCCUUGGUCCCGUGAAAACACUCGUGUGCCCACCAGCGGCCUUGAAGAGGCAGGUCUGGGCCAGACGCUGGGCAGGAAACGCCAGCGGCAGAUGGGCCUGUGUGCACCCAACGCGAUGCUAUGCAUGUCUGACCGAUGAUCCCUUGACCACAACCAGAUUCAGGAGCUCAGUUUUUUCACUUGGGUCUCUGGAUUCCUGUCAUAGGGAAGGUGUAUCAGGAGGGGAAGAGUCCUUUCUAGAAUUUUCUUUGAGUAGGUUUACAAUUUAGCUUAUAUUUUUUGACUGUGAACGUGAACAGGCUUUUUGCUUCUUUCCAGACCCCAUAGUAGAGCACUUUUCACUUACCUGGGGGAGGUUUCAGGGGAUCUGUUCUCACCGUUAACUCAGCCAGAAAGAUGCCCUAGUUGUGAUAAAAGGUAACUCGAGGUGGAGAGUAGCCCCCGGAGCCCCUCGACACGGUCGUCACUGAGGGAGCCUGAGACGGGCGCUCCUUGGCUAAUACUGUUGUUUUCACUUCCCUGGAAGAGGCUGGAAAAGGGCUCAGAGCUGCUGAGCAGGAACUGGAGGGUGACCCAUUUCAGGAGCUGCCUCGUACCAGCCUGACUAGGUGCAGGCAAGCUUGUGUGGGCCCAACAGGCCCCUGAUAGAGCUGGUGCCAGGUGUGGGCUCAGACCCUGGGCAUGAUGGGCCGAGCCACCUCGGAUCCCACUGAUUGGCCGGCCGAGCGAGAAGCAGGCUGCUGCAUGGCACUGCCUGCCGCUUCGAGCUUCCUCUGAGCCGCAGGGCCUGCUACGCGGGCAAGCGUGCUGCCUCUCUUCUGUGUCGUUUUGUUGCCAAGGCAGAAUGAAAAGUCCUUAACCGUGGACUCUUCCUUUAUCCUCUUUUAUCCCUUCCUUUACCCCACAUAUGCAAUGACUUAAUUUUCACUUUUGUAGUUUAAUCCUUUGUAUUACAACAUGAAAUAUAGUUGCAUAUAUGGACACCGACUUGGGAGGACAGGUCCUGAAUGUCCUUUCUCCAGUGUAACAUGUUUUACUCACAAAUAAAAUUCUUUCAGCAAUUUCUUUGUCUAAA